CGCUCUCUUCCGGACGCCGAUCACUCUCCCCCACACUGCGGGCGACACGCCCCGAAGCCCCUCAUCAUCUACCGGUAACAUCCUGUCGCAAUGUCUGGGAAUCCUCCGACGUUUCCUCAUGCUCAGCAGGCCCAAAUCAUUCGCUCGAAUCAGCGGGACUUAUUCCAGGUGUUUGCCUUAAGGGAGCAGGCAGAGAACGUUCUCCGUUCAUGGCUAGGGACGAGGUGGCUCACGCGCUGGGACAAGGAGAUCGACUUCGCUGCAAACGCACUUUACUAUGGUCUGACUAUCGGGCUUGGCUCGCAGACGUUGGGGGAGGAGUAUACCGAUAUCUGGCUACAUUCCUCCCACGAACGACGUCGACUUUCACCCCGUCUAAGAGCUGCGCUUAUCCUACUCCCUACACUUCCUUCGUAUUUGCUGUCAAGAUGGGGCUCUUCACUCUCACAAACUUCAUUGGUUGGCGCAACUCUCCGCAAGGUCCCGACCGUGAUGGAAGUGCUUUCAGAGAUCAACCUGGCAAUAUUCUACCUGCGAGGAACAUAUUAUAGCAUCGUGAAACGUCUUCUUGGCAUCAAAUACAUCUCUACAGUCCCGGAGAAUCCUAAUGCCCGACCACCGUCAUACGCUCUCCUUGGGAUAUUACUCGGUGUGCGGCUCCUGCACCGAGCAUUGAGUUAUCUCCGUUCGCGUUCCCCGAAGGCCGAGUUAGGAGACGAGAAGGGCAAGCGGAUAGUCGACGGCGAUGAUGACAUCUUCAUUGACGACCGCCGAGUCGCCAACAUGCUUGAGGCUGCCGCACAUCUAGAGGACGCGCCACCGCUGCCUGCAGAAGAAGACGAGCGAACAAUAUUGGACGUUUCGAAGAUACCACCAGACGUGCGUGCGGGGAGGAAUUGUACGCUGUGCCUGGAGGAGCGGACAGCGAGUUGCGCUACGGAUUGCGGACAUUUAUUCUGCUGGAACUGCAUCGUAGGGUGGGGUCGGGAGAAGGCCGAGUGCCCUCUCUGUCGACAGUCUUUGAACCUCACCUCUCUCUUGCCUGUGUACAAUCUAUGAUAAUC